AUCGCUGGAACGGGGUUGCUGGCAUUUGCUGUAAUGAUGGUCAUCGAUCCACGCAAUAAGAUACCACCGGCAGCGCAUGCUGUACUAUUCGGCAUAGCGCUUCUGGUCAUCGGUUGCGGAUUUGGAGCCAACUGCGGUUAUCCGCUGAACCCGGCGAGGGACUUUGGUCCCAGAAUAUUCACUUGUUUUUUGUAUGGAAAAGAAGUUUUCACGCAUCCGUGGAAGUUAUGGUUCUUGGUGCCGAUAGUUGCUCCGACGGUGGGUGCAGUCAUUGGAGGGUGGUUAUACAUAUUGUUGCUAGGAAGCCAUAUACCGGAUGAGGAGUCUGAGGAAGUUGAUAAGCAGGGCGAAAAGAAAAGAGAAGAUCAAGCCGAAAAGGGAGCGGGAAGGAAAGAAUCGAGCCAGACAGGGAGCCAGAAGUAA